AUGUCAGAUCAAGUCGAAGAUGAAGAAGGAUUCUCUGGGCCCUUGUUGAUCGAACAGCUCGAGGGAAAUGGAAUUUCUGCUGGAGAUAUCAAGAAGUUGAAGCAGGAAGGGUAUCACACCGUGGAGAGCGUGGCGUACGCGCCCAAGAAGGCGUUGCUCACCGUGAAAGGAAUCUCUGAGGCAAAGGCCGAUCGCUUCAGCAUGGAGGCGUCCAAGCUUGUUCCAAUGGGUUUUACCACGGCGUCCGAGUUUCACAGUAGAAGAUCGGAGCUUAUUUGCUUGACUACAGGUUCGAAACAGUUGGAUACGCUUCUUGGAGGUGGAAUUGAAACAGGUUCCAUUACAGAAGUAUUUGGCGAGUUCAGAACUGGUAAGUCGCAGUUGUGCCAUACAUUGGCGGUCACAUGUCAGCUACCUAUCGAUAUGGGUGGUGGCGAAGGUAAGUGUUUGUACAUCGACACCGAAGGCACGUUUAGACCCGUCAGAUUGGUGUCUAUUGCCCAGAGAUAUGGCUUGAACCCCGACGAUUGUCUCGACAAUGUUGCUUAUGCGCGGGCUUACAAUGCCGAGCAUCAGUUCCAGCUCUUGCACCAAGCAGCACAGAUGAUGUCGGAGUCGCGGUUCUCGUUGCUCAUUGUGGACUCUAUUAUGUCUUUAUAUAGAACGGACUACUCGGGCCGUGGUGAAUUAUCUGCGAGACAAACGCAUGUGGCUAAAUUUAUGAGGACGUUGCAGCGGUUAGCCGACGAGUUUGGAAUCGCCGUGGUGAUCACCAACCAGGUGGUGGCCCAGGUGGAUGGUUCAGCUGCAAUGUUCAAUCCGGACCCCAAGAAACCGAUUGGAGGAAAUAUCAUCGCGCACAGUUCCACUACCCGGUUAUCCUUCAAAAAGGGCCGCGGAGAGCAGCGAAUCUGUAAGAUCUACGACAGCCCGUGUCUUCCGGAAAGCGAAUGUGUUUUUGCUAUUUAUGAGGACGGUAUUGGCGACCCUAAGACUGAUGAGGACGAGAGCUAG